GAACGCAUCAGCAGAGCUCCCUCCACAGCCGGGUUGUAAACAGCAGAGACGAUGGCAGGGCUGUGGAGAUCCUACCAGGCCUUAAUGAACAAAUACCCCUGGACAGUCCAGAUAGUGACCGCUGGGUCUUUAGUGGGUGUCGGUGAUGUCAUCUCCCAACAAGUGAUUGAGAGACGAGGAUUGGCUCAUCACAACGUGCAGCGGACGGCCAAGAUGAUGAGCAUCGGCUUCUUCUUUGUGGGUCCGGUGAUCGGCAGCUGGUACAAAGUUUUGGACAAACUGGUGGUUGGUGGAACAAAAAGUGCAGCCAUGAAGAAAAUGCUGGUAGACCAGUUGUGUUUUGCGCCGUGUUUUUUGGGAGCCUUCCUCUCCAUCUCUGGUGCUCUGAACGGUCUGACAGUGGAGGACAAUGUCGCCAAACUCAAGAGGGACUACACAGAUGCUCUGAUCUCAAACUACUAUUUGUGGCCUCCGGUCCAGAUCGCCAACUUCUACUUCAUCCCACUGCAACACAGGUUGGCCGUUGUCCAGAUCGUCGCCAUUGUCUGGAACUCGUACCUGACCUGGAAGGCCAAUAAGAUGUGAAGAACACUCUGUGGGCCCGGCGAGGGUUUUUACACGCAUUUGUAGUGUGUAAUACGGCCAAUUCUGGUCGAACUUUCUUUAGGCUCCUUAGUCCUCUGAUAUUUCUGAUGUGUUAAACUGUGACUGAGUCACUUAUAAAGGUCAGGAGAAAGCGCUCGACUACUCUGAAUGACAAAUUCACACUUGAAAGUCAAACUCGCAUUCGCAGAAAUGUCUGUGAAAGGUUGUUAUUUAUGGGAAUGGGAUUUGGCAGCAGUGGAGCCGCACAUACGCACACACACUCGCAUACAUUAACACCUACUUUUCUAAUCUUGUAUUGUUUGGUAAUUACUUGAAAUUAUUUCAUUGAAGGACAGCAUGUAAUAUUUUAGGCAAUCAGUGCUUUGUGUUACCUCUACAAGUUUCAUCUCCUCUCUCGUUUUAUCAUACAUUCCUGAAUUUGUUAGAAUUUAUGGUACCUUUCACAUUUACUCAUUUCUUUUUCCCUUGUCAUCUCGAACUACAACUAAAUGAAACUGAAACAUGUAAAUGUUAGCUGUUUACAAUCCUCUUUUGUCUUUAAACCCAUAAUAAUGCUUGAGAUUGCAGUAGGAUUGAUGUGACAUGAUGAGAUGCGUUACACAUAUCAACCAAAGCAGUGGUUUUAUAGUCUAAACCUA